AUGCAACUAGCGUUUCUGGACUUUGAAGCCGCGUUCGACUCUCCUCACCGAGGCCGUCUUCUCAACGCGCUUCGCGCCGAUGGAGUACCAGAAAAUGGUAACUGGAGUAAGACAAGGGGCGGCGGCAGGACCUUCCUGUUUAAUUUCGCCAUCGACGACAUUAUGCGAAGAACAGUCGACCAGUGUCCUGCCGACAUUGUCUUAGCACCAUCAAGGUGCCCCUUGACUGAUCUCGAGUACGCCGACGAUGUUGUUAUAUUCGCGGAAAGUAGUACGAAACUUCAACAUGUUGUCAACCUUGUAUCGAAGCUGGCUGCAGCCUACGGACUACGCCUACGCCCUGAUAAAUGCAAACAGAUGUGGAUCUCUUCGAGACCUCGAACGGGAAUUAAGAUGGACGGACAACUGAACGAACUCGUCAAUGAGUUCUGUUACGUGGGCUGUAUGCUGAAGAACAACGGCAAGAAGGAUAUCCAGCAAAUAUGCACUAAGGCUAUUUCUGCAUUUAACUCCUUAACGAAAUGCCUGUGGUCGACCCCCAUCACCAACGAAGUCAAGCUGCGAGUCUACCUAUCCGCAAUUCGCCCCAUCAUGAUGUACGGAUCGGAGACUUGGGCAGCACCAUCAACGGUUAUGGAGAGGCUUGACUGCACGGGAAGAAAGCUGCUGAGACGGCUACUUGGCUACUUUUGGCCUAGGGUAUGUCACAAUGAAGAUCUUAAUGCAGAAAUUGAUGUGAUAUACCGGCGGAUGACACGUGGAAGACAUCAACAUCUUGCACCGCCAUCGAAAGUGGCUAAAGUAAAUAGUCUUCGCUUCAUUGGUCAUAUAUUAAGGAGAACGGCAGAUCCCAAGCUCUCGCAGAAGAUCGAGAAGGUUGGGCACAGCUGUGUUCGAGGACGGCACACCUCGGCGAAGAUGCGGGCAAUCGCGUCAGGUGAUGACAUUAGCCCGCCGUUUAAGUCAAGUAAGUCAUCCGCUUUACCUGUAUUGUGA